UCAAAGGACGCCGCUUUAAGGGGGGUUCACAAUGCCGCGAAAACAGACGCUCGAACAUGAGCCUGCGCCCGAACAUGUGCAGCAGGAUUAUAGGCACAAAUCUGUUGUGUACCGUUACAUUGUUGUCGGCCAGAAGGUCGACAACAGGGGGGUCAAUAUGCUACGGUGCACCUUCUGCAAUAAGGUGUUUCAGGGAACCCAAUUCUAUGCAACGAAACACUUCACCCAGCAGAAUUAUUGCAAGAAGGUGUCCGAUGAUGCAUUGUACCAGAUUGCGCAGAAAUGCACACACCGCUUCGAGGCCGAUCAGGUAGAGAGGGUGCGGCGGUUCGCACACGAGCGUGGUUUCGAUGUCCCGCGGUCGGGUGCGAUGGGUGGCGAGGCGGAGCGUCCUGCACAGGGGGUGGGCGAGGGAGAGGAUACCGAGCGUUAUGCAGAGGGAGGUAUUGCGAGAUAUGGGGAGGGUGCGGGUGCCGCGGAGGAGGACGAGGCAGACGUUGACCUAGAGGUUGGCGUGGUUGAGGGGGAGCGGACCCCGAGGGGAGAGGGGGGCGUGCCGAAGUCCGAUCCGAUGGCUCAUCAGAGGGCGGUGGACUGGGAGCGGAAGUGCGGGAAGAAGGUCGUCCCACCUGAGACGACAUGCACGCCGAUUUCUUCGAAGAGUGCUGUUCCUGAUAGAGCAAGCACGCCGGCUUCUUCGAAGAGGAAGGAGGGGGGUGCACAGCUUUCUGGCACCAGUGUAGGGAAGAGGCUGCGGCAACAAAAAAUGACGGACACGUAUAGUGGCGAGUGGAUUGGUGAGUGGAGGAAGGCAUUCUUUCGCUGGGUGUAUUCCAGCAAGAUUGCCUUCAAUGCCUUCUGCAACACGUCGUACGGAGACCUCCAGCAGGUUGCUCUUCGGCAACCUGGUGGAGCACCUCCUCCCGUGCUUCCAUCCUACAGCGAGAUUGCAGACAUGCGAACUGUGGAGAUCUACCGCGAGCAGUUGGCGGAGGAGUUGGAGGAUGUUACGCAGCCAUUAUGGGAUCGUUUGCAGGGCAUGAUGACAGCGGAGGACGGUCGGGCUUGGGCUAGGAUCCCGUGGUCCCCCAACGUUCGCGACAUGGCGCGUUGGGUGCGCCGACAGAUCAGGUGGUCCCCUUGGUGGGAGAGGAUGCGUGCCAUCAAGCACGUCAUGGAUCCUGUCAUGGACUUGCUGAGGCGGAUGGACCGUGGCGGGCAGUUCAUGUCCCUCGUUGUAGAGUGGACCCGGGAUCUUGCACGCCUUGUGCGGGAUGCUUGCAUUCCUCUUGGCCAGUCCUUUUCGGACCGUAUCAUAAGGCGUGUGCAGGCCCGUAUACAGCACAUGAUGGAGCCCGCACACUGCGCCGCGUUCUUACUAAACCCCCAUCGCCGGAAUGUUCAGUACUUCUCCGCGCAACUCGACCGGUACCACACUUGGCUUGUUCGACAAGCCAAGAGGUAUCUGUUGUCGCAGACGGGCCACGGCGAGUCGGGUGGUCGUUACCUUGAGGUAUGUCGGCAGUUCGAGGACUUUCACAUGCAGCAGUGUAGGUAUGGGUCUUGGGGCGGGGCAGAGGGGCGCGCUCGAGCGCGUAGUUGCAUCGGAGACUGCGAGACAUUGGAGUGUGCAUCGUGGUGGUUUCAGUACGGGGGAGAUGCGCCCGAUUUACAGCAUUGCGCUCUUCGUUUGAUGCACAUGUGGUCCUGCACCUUUCCAGCGGAGAGGAACCGGGCGGUCCACGAGGGCAUCCAUACGAAGAAGCGUAAUCAGUUGGCCUUCGAGAAGGUCGUUCAUCUUGUUGAGAUCAUCGCAAAUGUGUGGUUGAUGGAGUAUAAACGUGCAGGUUGUGGAUACGUCCUCCCUUGGCAGCGAGACGAGGGCAUGCUUGAUGCUCAGGCGGGAUUGGACGUGGAGCCUGUGCGCUCGGGGACGAGGAGUGGAAUGAUGGAGGAGGAGAUCGAGGAGCAGGCUGCCCUUAUUGCGCGCGAUCCCAUUGGGUCUUCUGCGCCGCCCCCUGUUGAGUCUGUUUUCGGUGCUCGUGCGACUAUCUUCCGCCCAUACUCCAGGGACGAUGACUCUGCGGACGAGAGGGAGUCGGAAGUAGCGGACGACCCGAUGCUUCCCAUCCCGCGUGAGAUUGAUGAGUUGCACGAGGGGGGCGACGUGCGUGACGGGAGGACGCACACCGCGUGGAGGGUGGCAGACCAGCGAGACAUGGAUAUGAUGGGGGGCGAGGAGUUUUGGGGAUCUUUCGGGGGCACGGAGGAGAGAUCACCCACUGCCGCGCGGGAGGAUACGCGUCCUCGCACGACCUUGUGGGAGGAGACGCCUGCUCCCAUGACUGCGAGUGAGGAGCCGGGUCCUGCCACAACAGCGCGGGAGCGGAUGACUGUUUCGUCGACCACGGAGGAGCAGACGCCUGCUCCCAUGACCACGCCAGAGCAGACGAGUAUUCCCGCUACGCAGUCCGGACCCUCGUCCCCGUCGCCUCUUUCGCUUCACUCUAUCCCAGGAUUUCCAGCAUCCGCUCCGCCCGCUCCCAAUUGGCGUGACGAGCGCUCACCUGCACCGGUUGGGAGGGAGGACUUGGGAUCCUCGUUGCGCAUCCGCGGGCAUGGAUCAUUGUUUAGCGUAGCCCGUCAGCUCCUUUUGGACCCGCGUGCAUCGAGCGACUUGGGGGAGAUGGGUGUUCAUAGCGGGGCACCACCGGUGGAGGAGAGGGAGAGACGAGCGGAGAAGCACGGAGCCGCCGGAGCUGGCGGAGUUGAGGGUAUUCGGGGUAUGGAGGAGGAGGUAGCUGGAGUAGUGGGGGGAUUGGUGGAGGUAGAUGAUGGUGCGCACGUCGAGAGAGAGGAGGCUAUGGCGAGGGUUGAUGAUGGUGACGAUGAGGGAGAGGAGGCCAUGGCGAGGGACGAUGAGGGAGAGGAGGCUGUGGCAGGGGUAGAGGAGAGCGUGGCAGGGAUAGAUGAUGGUGAUGCCCAGGUUGAGAUGGAGGAGGAUGUGGUGAGGGCAGAUGCUGCUGCGUUGGUUGGGGGGGAGGAGGGUGUGGUAGGGGGGGACAUCGCCCAUGGUAGAGGAGAGGGAGGCGGUGACCAUGACCCGAUCAUCCAGCGUUUCGUCGAUGACGAGAUGGGUCCCGCACUAGCGGGUUUGACCUCGGGCACGAGGAGGGCACUGGGGGCGUCGCCAUCAGGACAGAAGGGGGCGUCAGGGCUAGGGAUGGGGGAUUUCAUGGACAUGUCUUUGGGGGAUCCGCCCACCCCUAGUCACGCAGAGAGAGAGGAUGUGGCGCGUGCCCUAGCGGCCGCUGGGUACACCACAGAGGAGAUCGAGCAGGCAUUUGCAGGACGCUCCGAGAGAGAGACAGACACGCCUAGCAGGGGUGCGAGGAGUUCGUUGGUACCGUUCACGGGCUUGCAAAUGACGACGACGAUGCGGCCAGUUCGACCGUGUGUGCAGGGGUCAGGUCCUGGGGAAGAGGCAUUUGUUCAGGUACCACCGGUCAUAGUUGUGGAUUUAGGAUCCGAGGCAGUUCUUCAUACACCGGUUACUGGGCGGCGAGCUCCUCAGGAUACAGCUCGCCCAUUGGAUUUCAAGGAGCUCGCACGGGCUGCUGUGCGUAACGUGACGCGGCGGGAGGACACCGACCCUAGCAGACCACUUAUGCCGCCUCCUCCUCCGAGAUCACGUCACAGCGAUUCCCCCUCGACACCAUUCGGUCGGCCCCCCCGUUCACCAUCCACGCCCACCAGACUCAGGGUUCGUGACACGACGGUCGUAGGGAGCCUCCCUCUUGACACGUCACUAUUCGGGAGGACAGAUAUUGACCUGGACUCCAUACGUCGGGUCACAAUGCAUACUGCACGACAACAGCUAGGUUUGGGUGGGGCUGACACCGGGAGGGGUGCGCCAAGGGAGGUCAUGGCGGCAGUAUCUCAGCCGCGAGAUGUUCGCGAGGUUGGACAGGCCGGGUGUACCUUGCAGGCUGCUUUGGCAGCCGCAACACGUGCUGUGCGUGAGCAGACUUCGCGCAGGAGCGGAGUCGCUCGUACGAGUUCCAUGCCUCAGAUGAUGCCUACCACGGGGGAUGCCGCGUUGGAGGAGUCUUCUGGAGCCGAGGGGUUGGAGAUGUCGCGCGGUUCUCGUCGUGAGAAGACAGUCGCAGAGGUGACUCAGGUGAGUGCUAGGCUUGUUCGAGUGAGGACAGGGGCUGCCCAUGUGACCGUGGUGGAGGACGAUCCCGAGACGGAGCCUGCACGUGAGGAGGCCCCACAGGAGGGUGACGAGUACAGGGACGACGAGGAGCGUGAGGAGGAUGAAAGCGACAACGGGGAUGAUGACAGCUACCACGACGACGACAACGAACCCUCCCCUCCACCGCGGCAUGGUUCUCGUAGACGACGUGGCUCUCGUAGAGGACAUGAUGACGUAGACGACCCGUUCCCUCCAGGGCGGUGGGAGACGAGGAGUCGGAGGAGGCGAGGGUCAUCCAUUGCGACAGCGCCGGGGCGAGGGAGUGUUUCGUCGACACGCAGCAAGAGUGGGGCGAGGCAGAGAGGGAGUGGUAAGGGGAAGGGAAGUCGACGGUAUUGACAGCUUUAUUCCCCUUCCAGUGCUUCCACGACGCCUUUAUGUUAUUUGUGCUUAGUGUU